UAAAGAGAAAGAGUAAAGAAAACUAAGCUAAGCGCUACGAAAAUUUGAUAAACCGCACCUGUACUUAGAAAUAUAUAGCCUUGGUGCAUUUCAGCUGAUUUUAAAAAUUCCGACCGCAGCGCUGGAUACGGCAGAAAUCAGAAGUUUUCGGCCCUGUAUUUCACGCAGAGUUGUUUGCAUUAAAAUAAUAUUAAAAUCGUGGCUUUGUCAUAAUAUUUAAUAUUUUAGUAUUUAAUAGUGCAAUUAUAUUGAAACAAUAAAACUUUCAGGUAGGUACUAGCUGGUACUAGAGGUUUGUGUGAUGUAACGCUGUUUCGGGUAGUAAAAAUUAAGUGAAAAGGAACCCGAACUGGGCGUCGGCGUCGCGUCGCUUUGUGUUGCGACAAUUUCAAAUGUUAAUAAAGCUGUCAAAAAAUGUUAAAACCAAAGUGUUGUAAAUUAAGUAGAUGCGUAGGGUAAUUUCGCGGGCAGUGAUGUAGCCCCUUCCCUAAAACCCCGCAAUCGCGGUGGGCCCUCUGAUAUAAAGGCAGAUAGAGGAUCUCGGGCUACAUGUUGAACAUUGAGGUACUGGGGCGAGGAGUCAAAUAGCCGAAAUUGCGGGGGAGCCCAAAAUUUCUAGUUACGCCACUGUUCGCAGGCAAAAUCUAGAUAUAAAAGCAAUUAAUUAUUAUUAUCUGUAUCUAACAUUUGAAAUUUAUUGAGCAUAUCCAGGCAUAUCUGUCCAGAUCUGUCAUAUUUUUUUGAAAGUGAAGCAUAAUAUAGACGUUUUUGAUGUUUUAUUUCUCUAAUAUAUCAUUUAAAAAUGGAUAUAAAACGAGACAAGGUAGUUAAAGAGUGUGUUUACCAAAUACGGUCACGACUGUACGUUGGACGAAUUACCCGAAGAAUACGAAUAUAAAGGAAUCCCUAAUCGUGGCUGUAUUAGUAUUAUUAAACGCUGGAUAAUCAGAAUGUGCGUAGUUAGUGAAUCCAGUAAAAUGUAUACUCAACAUCUUCGAAGUUUUGGGGCUAUAGUCAAGGAACGCCAACGGCAAAUUUUGAAUUAUGGAUUCAGAAUACACCCCUUCAGUAAAGCUAACUUAAUUUGGUCACUAACACAGCUAGUCGUAAUAUUCAUAGAAGUAGUUACGUUGGCAUUGUCUUAUGUAUUCUUUAGUAUGAAUUCUUCAUUCGUCUACUUAUAUAUAUUCAGCAUCCUGAGAUACGCAAUGAAUGCCUUCUUCGGAUUAGUGGUAAUUUUGAACUUUUUUACCGGGUAUUAUGAUGAACCCAAUCAAGAAGUGGUAUUGGAUUCGACAAAAAUUGCCAGCGAAUAUUUUAAGACAUUUUUCAUACUAGAUCUCACCGUUACUAUUCCUUUAGAAGCAUCUUAUUAUUUAUUUUGGUUUUGGGAUAAAAAAACCGUGCAGUUAUUGAACUGCGUGAAGUUUCUUGUAGUUAUAAGAUUUUAUAAGCAUUUCAAGUUCUGUGCAGAAGUGCUCAGUAUUAAUUAUUACAAGUAUAUGGUAGCCUUGGUUGUUAUAUGCGCUCUAUUCUACUGGCAUAUCGUGUGUUGCUUGUUGAUGUUGUUCAGAUUACAUCUAUCGUCGGGAGGUCGUAAAGAGUUGAUGUUUAAAUAUGCCCGUACUAUUAUGCACAGUUUCUGGUCAGACAUAUCGAAAACUCAUCCAGAGAUUCGAGCAAUUAUAGGUGCUUAUUAUCGAGGAUCUUUGAUUAUUUAUAACUCUAGCUACGGUACUGAUCUACCAUCUACAGAGGCUGAAGUAUUGCUCAUAUGGUUCGGCUGGUAUGCCUCCAGCUUAUUUUUUAUAUACAUACUAGCACUGAUAAUGGAAAUAAUGAAGGGUAAAACGUCUGCUGCCCACAAAUACGUCGAAAUGGAGAAACAAUUAAAAGACUACAUGCGUCACAAACAGCUACCUAUGAUUAUGAGGAGUCGGAUUUUGACGUAUUACGAAUUCAGAUUUCAGAAGAGCUAUUUUAGAGAGAACGAGAUUUUGGACACUAUUUCUGAGCAAUUAAGACAAGAAAUCAAUAUGCACGCUUGCCGAAAAUUAGUAGAGAACGUAAUAUUCUUUAGAAACUUGCCCCUAAACCUGUUGGUUCGAAUCAUAUCUUGCUUAAGAAUCGAAGUAUACCUAGUGAACGACAUAAUAAUAAAAGCCAACACUCCUGGCACUAGUAUGUACUUUAUUUCAACAGGGACCGUAGCUAUUUAUACUAAAUCUGGCAAAGAGAUCUGUCAUUUAGAAGACGGUUCGCAUUUUGGUGAAAUAGCAUUGAUUAUAAAAGACACACUGCGAACUGCCUCAGUUAUAGCGGUGGAAGUUUCAGAAAUUUACCGUCUAGAUCAAAAAGACUUCGUGAAGGCCAUAAAUCCAUAUCCAGAUUUGUUAGCAAAUAUUCAGCAUAUAGCUGCUGAAAGAAUGGAAGUGGCGUCUAUGCUGGACGAAUAUAACAGAAAGGAACAGACAACCAAAAGAUAAUAUAUACCUCUAAUUCCAUGGUAUUCCCAUUUUUUUCAGGCAUGUAUAGAAUAUGUUACUAUAUACCUAAGU